AUGUAUGCACUUGAUACAACCGCAUUAAUGACAGAUGCUCGCUACCAGAGCACCGUUGUUCCUGUCGCAGCAAAGAGAACCAUGAAGUGUUCUACUUGUGGUUCUUAUGAUCCCCCAGCAGUACAUGUGUGCCCAGGUCCAACUGCACCAAACGAAGACGACACCGCAAAGGCAAUCUCCACUUCGCCCAUCCCAUUCUUGGACAUUUCCUCGAUCUUUUGCCUUGAGAGGUAUGUAUGCAUUCCGCUUCUGGCGAGCUUCAGGCUCAGUACGGAACCACUGAAGUUUACGCCAACUCCUCUUCCAGAUUCGUACAGGGCACGUCCCGCUAAACAAGCAUCUAUUCCGAAUAUCAAAAUCCCAAACGGCUCGAUGCCUGCAAUGCAACUCACACGACGAAUCAGUCAAACACUUUCUCCUAGAAUGCCCGAAGUACUCCCGUCAAAGAGCAGCACUACGCGCAGAAGUGGGCCCACGCGCGAACCAGCUCCAACAACUCUUCGACGACGUAAACAACAUCAGACCACUGUUACGCUACAUCGCACGAACAAGGAGGUUAGAGUAGGCGUUUGGGGACGUCACGCCCCCACUGCCACCCAAAAACAAAGAAUAGAACGAACCCACCAAGCGCAGAGCAGCCUUGACACCCAAACCAACCCAUUCUCGCCUUCAGACGGCGACUCCGUCCUCGCCCCGCCAGGACUAAUAACAUAG